AUGGCUGACGCACCGCCUCCUUCACUGUCCGAACUUAUGCGAAUGGUAGUUGAGCUACAACAAGCCAAUCAGCGAAUGGCUGACGAGAACCAAAUAAUGGCUGCCCAAAUUGCUGAAAUAAAUCAUGCUCGGAUUGAGCACAACGAUGCUCAUCGCAAGCGAGCAGAAGACGAGGAACAUCAGUCCCAACCCACUCAUGUUUCGGAGACUGCUCGACACGAGGAGCAGCAGCCCGAAGAUGAAAAAGAAGAGUCCGAAGACCCUGUGGGUCCCUUCACAGAAGAAGUAAUGAACUUCGAACUGCUGAAGAGGUUCACUCUGCCGCUGACCCUCACGCCUUAUGAUGGACUCGGAGACCCGAGGAAAUUUCUAAAGAAAUUCCGAUCAAUAAUGAUUGUCAAUGGUGCAUCAGAUACAGUCUUAUGUCGUUGUUUUCUGAAUUAUUUAGAUGGUCCUGCACUUGAUUGGUUGUGUGCUUUGCCUGCAGGUUCCAUUUCGCGCUUUCAUCAGUUGGCGAAGUUAUUUGAAGAGCAUUUCGCUGGAUCCGCAAUAUACUUGCAUGAUUCCGAUUACUUGAACACUAUCAAGCAAGGACCGAACGAAAGCUUAAAGGAAUUAAUGACCCGCUUCACCAAGGUCGCGAUCAGCAUACCAGACCUCUACCCCGAGGUCCAUCUGCACGCGAUUAAAAGUGGCCUCCGACCCGGAAAGUUCCAGGAGACAAUCGCAGUAGCAAAACCGAAGACUCUAGCAGAAUUUCGGGAGAAAGCAAAAGGACAAAUUGAUAUCGAGGAACUCAGACAAGCUCGGAAGUCUGACAAGUCAAACUUCCGCGAAGAAGAUAAGAGCUCAACCAUUAAGAAAAGUUUUAAACUAACACCUCGAUUUGAUUCCUAUACGCAGUUUAACACUAGGAGGGAAGACAUAAUCAAAGAAAUCUUGAACUCCAAACUAAUCAUGCCUCCAAGAAAGGCCGACACGUACCAAUAUGCAAAAAACAUGGACAAAUCGAAGUACUGCGCUUUCCACCAGAAACACGGCCACAAUACCGAUGAUUGUGUGGUCGCCAAGGAUCUUUUAGAACGACUAGCAAGACAAGGACACCUAGACAAGUACGUCGGUGGUCACAUCCAAAAACGCGGCCCUAGUUCCACAACAAACGACCUCUCUGAACAAAACCGAGGAAAAGAGAAGGCAUCUACAAGCCAAUAUGAAAGACCACGAGGUAUAAUCAAUUGUAUUUCAGGAGGAUACGCCAGUGGAGGAUACUCAAACUCGGCGAGGAAAAGAUCGUUUAGAUCCAUAUGUUCUGUAAACGGACCACAACAAGACGUAGCAACCACUAAUCAACAACCCGAAGUCACUUUCACACACGCCGACUUCAACUCCAGUAUACAAAAUUUGGACGACCCCGUGGUGAUCACCCUUCAGCUAGGAGAUCUAUUAGUGAAAAAAGUACUCUUGGACCCCGGGAGCAGCGCCGACGUUCUGUUUUACUCCACAUUUCAAAAGAUGAAGCUCAGCGACAACAUGCUGCACUCAACAGGAGGAGAUUUGGUCGGCUUCUCAGGAGAACGAGUUCCAAUACUCGGAUCAGUGUGGUUACAAACCACACUGGGUGAGCAUCCUCUUUCAAAAACUAAUGAUAUUCAAUAUUUAGUAGUUGACUGUUUCAGUCCAUAUAACCUUAUGGUCAACCUUUUUUAA